GUCCAACGUUUCAAAUGAAACAGACAGUAAGUUUCCAUGCAACAAAAAGAAAAAUUUCUUCUUUCUUCUAACCUCAUAUACUUCUAGAUAUGAAAGAUAAACCUUCACAUUCCUACAAAUAUUUCGCGCAUAAAUGGGUGCGAUCUCAAACUGCACGAAGAUAUAUCUCGCCAUAUACAAAACCUGGCUACCCAGGUUUACGCAAGUAUAGAUCCAGAGUCAUGGUAUCUCCUCCGGAAGAAGUCGUUUCGAAUACUUCCCCGCCUUCACCAAGUAAUCCUCGUACACGUCCAUACCUCUCAUCACUCAACCCUAAUCCCCAUCAAUACAUCUCACCUUCCACCCAACCGAGCAUACCUACCCUCGCAUCUCGAAGUCGAACUCAACGAGCAAAACGCACCCGCAAGAACAACCCCAGCCAACCCAACAAAUCCACUAUUCUUCCCCUGCCUAUUCCACCUCCACCUUCCCCUCCCCCUUCUCCACCCCAACCACCACAAGAUCCCCGCUAUUCGUUCACCUACAUCCUCAACCCCCCCAUACCAGCUAUUCAUCGCCAGGACAACCAAACCCGAUGUCUACAAUGUCUCCCCGAAAAAGUGCGCCUUCUAAUCUGGAACUACGCGCGUUCCCGCACCAUCUCCAUCACUAUCUCCGACGAUCUCCUCUGCAGCCGCUCUCCCAGCCCCAUCACCUUCCGCAUCAAUCAUGAAUCUCGGUCCGCAACCAUACAUCACUAUUCUGCGCACCCGCACUUUUAUAUUCUGGGCACGCAACACAAGAGAAAUGAUGAGAGGAUUUCCUAUCCAUUUUUUGAUCCUAGUGUUGAUAGCGUGGUGUUAAAUAACGUCUUUAUGGGUUCCAAUACUGCUACGAGUAGUACGAUUUUUGGAUUUUAUGGACCAGUUGCAAGAGAGGUUGUGUAUCGUACGAGAGAAGCGCCGGAUUGUGGACACUUGGAUAUUCUGCAAUCAUUGCAUAUUCCCGCACGGACAUGGGAUUGGAAAGUCGUUCGACGGGCGCCAAGGACGGGUAUCAGGUUUCGAAAUUUGACGGAGAUUGUUUUGGAGGGGGGAGUGAUGGGGUUGAGGACUCGGAAAGAUGUGGAGAGAUGUAAGGAGUUCAUUAAAGGAUGUUUUGAGAGAAACGUGGAGAUUGUCGAGGAAGAUGAAGCUGAUGAUACGGACGGGAUGGAAGGAAUUGAAUUUGCGAGUCGUGGGACAGUGAGAGAUGCGAGGAAUGUGAACAUGGAUAUCAAGGUUCCGGAAGUGAGGGUCAUUAUGCUCAAUGGUUUGGAUCAUGAAUGGAUGUUUGAAGAAAAUAAGUUGGGCAUGGAAUCGAUUGAGGAGCGGACAUGGGUGAUGAAUUUUAUUGGCAAAGUUAAAGCGGGUCGUUGACGGUGAUAGACAACUGUUUGGCGUUGAGGUUAUGGGGGCGGAUGAUAUUGCUGCUAUUAUGGCAGAUUUCGAGGAUAUAAUGGAUUUUCCUAGAUGACUUUUGACACAUGAGUAAUAUUAGCGUAUCUUGAAAUGUGAAAUGUGAGCCCAAAAGACGCAAUACUGUCAGA